GUAGAGACCACAAGUGAGGGCAGGGCUGGAUAUCCAACUCCGCCUACUACCUACAGGCUUCCGCGAGAGGCUCCUGUAAACGGCUGCAGUUUUCUGCCAUAAGGUUUUAAUAUUUGCUGUUUUUUCGCAUCAAAAUAGCUAGAGAAAUGACAAAGAAAGCAUGGGUGGCAGAUUUGUUGCGAGAGGCUCUUAAUGGCCUGGAAGAAGCCGAAGGCGCCUCAUCUGUUGCCACCAGCAGCAACGAAGCUCCUUCGUCAAAUGAAGAGAACUCGCCAUCUUGCAGUCGGCCUUGCACCUCAAGGGCAGCACAAGCGGCUCAAAAUGCUGUUCAGGGUGAGGUCGCCCGGGCAUUUGCCCCCUAUCAGUCAGGAACCAGAAAGAGACGUCUAGUCCUGCCAGCUGCUAACCCUAAGUGGAGAGUGCAGCUUCAGUCAUUUACGCACAAUUUCUUCUGUUUGAGAGGGAGGAAAGACUGCAGUGUCCCCUCAGCAUUCGAAAAAGUAAAUCUGUCCACUGCUGGUUUGGGGUUUAAGAAAAUCCAUUUCCCAGACCGGGCUUGUGAUGCUCAAGAGUUCCAAAAUCAGUUGACAAAAAGCUUCCCAAAGCUUCAGGAAGGAGGGGGCUUUGAGCUGUUGCGAACUAGCGGAAUGACACGGUCCAAAACGCUUGAGAUAAUUCCAUGUCCAGAGAGUGGAUACACACCCUUGUAUCUCACCACAGAGGCAGGGGUUGGUUCUUCAAUCCUUUAUGUGAGACCACUUCAAGCCAAUCUUAGCAUGGAAAGAAUAUCUACUCCUACAUCGUCAGGUGGUCCAACCAUACAGUGCCUGUACUGCAAGCAAUUCAUGAGACAGGCAUCCAUCCCUACACAUGUUGAUGUUUGUUCAAGACAUAAUUCAGACAGUAGGACAGGCAGGCAUGGAAACAACAGACGAAGGGAGCAUAUAGAAGCUGAAAGGACUCAAGAUGGUAUUGGAAGGCACCAGGAAAGAGAGGGCAGACAACAGGAAAGAGAGGGCAGACAACAGGAAAGAGAGGGCAGACAACAGGAAAGAGAGGGCAGACAACAGGAAAGAGAAGACAGACAACAGGAAAGAGAAGACAGACAACAGGAAAGAGAAGACAGACAACAGGAAAGAGAGGACAGACAACAAAAGGAGACAGAAGAUGGGAACACCACUCCAGGGGAAAUGGGAAAUAUCCAAAGGAUUCACUAUCGGAACAGUACAGACAAUGAACAUAGAGACUUGAGGCAGAGACAAAGUGGUAGUUGCACUAGUGAAGAGUGGAAAACUGAGCCAGAUAUUACGAAAGCAGUUGACAUUUACAGACAUCAACUGUUGAAAGCUGCUGAGUCUGAGGAGGAUCUGACAAUCAAACUGAACAUGGGACAUAGUCCAGAGGACCGGGAGAGGGCUAUUCUGCAGUUUUACAAAGCCCCCAACAUAAACUGGGCCCGAAACCUUACUGUGGUUUUACAAGGUGAUGCUGCAUUGGGAGAUGGCGUCUAAAGAUUCUUUUUUUCACAAACAAUAUCAAAACUACAGUUUGGUUUUGAACUGAACAUAGAAGGUCCUGGGAAAACCCUUUUUUUUCUUGGAGAGGAAGAUCACCAGGUGCCAUCGACAUCUAAAAUUCUUCUAGACAGUGGACUCUGCAUGGCGGCCCAGGAUUGAGUAGUUUGAGUCCUUCAGUUUUUAGCUCUCUGAUUGGCCAAGAUGAAGAGCAUGUAUGCCUACAAGAUUGUCCAGACAUGGACCUCCGAGAAAUAAUUCAAGAGCUUGAUGGAGAUGAUGACCUUAGCCAGAGCCAGACGUCAAAAAUGAAUGAUCUCUGCCUUAGCUGGGACUUGCCGUUUGUUAACACUGAGAAUCGAAGGUGGCUUGCAGAGAAAGUGCUAGUGCAUGUGGUCCUUGGCCAUAGAAGAGAGCAACUCAGACAACUCAGAAGAGGCUUGAAAGACAGUGGACUGAUGCCUUUACUAAAGGAAAGGCCUGAUGCUCUGAAUAUCAUUUUCCCUCAAGCAUCCAAGAUUUUUGUUACCCCAGAGAUGAUUCUUGAUCGUAUUGUAUGGCCAUCAGACUCUGACACUGAAUCUGAUGACGGGCUUGACAUUUCUACAAAGUGCAGUGUCACAGCCUAUUUGCGGGAGUACAUUGAGUCAGGUACAUCGGAUGAACUUCUGGAGCUCCUCAAAUUCUGGGUUGGGUGGGCUGUUUUACCCCAGCACCUUUAUGUGAAAGUUAAGAAGGUGUCCAUGCCCACUGCAGUUACCUGUUUUGAAACCCUCAAAAUUCCAGGACACUACUUGUCUUAUCGGGAAUUUAAGAUGGAUCUUGCAGCUGCAGUGUCCACCACCGACAGUGGAUUUGGACUUGUUUAGUAUAGCUUUUGUGCAUUUUUUUGCACUCAGAGUACACCUUGUACACAACUUUUUGUUUGUUGUUUUUCAAAUUAGUUCUCCACAUACCAAUGGAGACUUAGAAUUUUGAAGGUGAUCACUACAGAUACUGGUUAUUUACUGUUUUUCUUCUACAAUUAAGGGUACCAAGAUUUUUUCCUGCUUUUGUUGGAGUAACUGUCUCUGAUGUUCACAGAAGGCUUUUUUUGGACCACCAUCACCUCUUUACCAAACCAAAAGAAUAAAUGCUUAACCAAAUAAUAAAUUAUUGACGAAUUGAAGAGGUGUUCUACUUCAUUUUAAAACACUGCUCUGAGGACUGGAUUUAAUCCAGCAACGAGAGCAUUAGAGUGAGGUUGUUACCACUCCACCUUAUCCUCAACACUGCUCUACAGCUCAAUGUUGGAGCCCACCUCAGGCAUUAAGAAAGGUGCCAAUAGAUUGUCUGUCUGCUACAGAGGGUUGUACGUCUAGACAAGCCGUGUGUGCAUUUGCACACCUGUCAGCAAUGGGUGCAGCCAAAUACAUUAAUUAUAAGAGUUAUAUUUAUAAUAUAAGUGUCAGAUUUAGCCAAUGUUCUAUUGAUUGCCUGUUGUGUUGUGCUGUUCUUGGGAGUAGUCUGGAUUAGUGUUUAGAAAGUCUAGUGUUCAUCCAGAUGUCUUUAGAAUAGAGAGAGUUUACAUCAACUGUAUACUUGACAUAACAUACACUGACUGAAGUUGUCUACAGUUUUAUCUCAGAAAAUGACUUUUAUACAAUAUUCAGAUGGAUUAAAACAAUACAAAAAUACAA